UAGUAAUAUUUCACCAUCACUCCCGACAGUGAUAGUUUGCAACUAGAGCUGAUCCACGCAAGGUCCAAAGACCCAACAUGAAUAUAAACGAAUAAAUGUACUUUAUUAAGGACAUUUAACAUGUAACAAAAACCAUUGCACGAAUUAUGUUUUUGCCGACCCUCUAGCGGAGAUUGCACGGAAAUGUCGGAUUACGAAAGUAUGCUUAAGGAAAUCGACGAGACGUCACUGCUGAAGUUACAAGAAGGAAACGGCCCAGUUGAUCAGUGCCUGUGCCCCCUAUUUUCGUCACCAGACAAGAAGAGUCUCGCGGAGUCAGUCAAGAAGGCAUUCAAAUCUAUUGGGACUCGGAUAGCUAAAAACAAGAGCAAAAAUGUUCCCAUUCAUUUUGAUAACGCCGGAUUCAGCAGCACCAAGGAAGUGGUGAAACGUGUGAGAUCCUGCCGGAAGUGCGGGUGUGACAACGAGAAAUUUAUCCUCAAGCACUCGUAUGCCAAUAUACGUAUCACCAGCCCUGAUAUAUCAGCCAUUUGCCCUUGCCCGUUAGAUUGCCUACCAGGUAAAACGUCACGAGUUACUGUGCCCAUCGCCCAUCGCGGCCAUGCCAGUUAA